AUGCAUAUGAAAAGUAUUAAAGUUGCAAAAACAGAGGUUAAAAUACUCCUCAAAUUGUCUAUUUAAUCAUAAUAAAGUUACAAUAUCACUUUAAAUAUCAAAUCCCAAGAAUUAAUGUAAAUAAUUGUUAGUAUUUAAUCAUAAACCUAUCCAUAUUUUAUUUUCAAUAAUGAUUUCAAACAUCUUCUAAGACCGAGUGCUUUUUAAAUUAUUGGAAUUAAUAUUCUUGAUUUUUUCAUUUUUUCAUUUUCAAUUUUUAUCAUAUAGUUACUUAAUUUCAAAAAUAUAGUAUAAAGUUUUUUUGCAAAAAAAGAUAGCAUUACAAAUCCUAAAAACUAAAUUAAUUGUGGUAGAAUAUUAGUAAAAAGAUCAGCUUCUAUGUCAUAUUAUUUAAAUUUUCCGCUUGAGUCAAUUUAUUUAUUCUUCGCUGUUAUAAUAUUUAAAUAAUCAUCUAUUUGA